AUGGCUCAAGUGUCUGACCUCCCAGAAGAGUUGAUAGAGAUCAUCUUGUCGCACCCAACAGAUGUUGUUAAUCUUUACAACUACCGAGACGUCUGUCGUUCAUGGCGGUCCAUUGUCGACAAGCUUUUAACCUCCUCACCUCCACAUCUACUUCUCUUUGAAAUGGAAAACAACAUACGUUUGUUGAAUAUUUUCACCGGCGACUCAAGCGUGUGUAAAGUUCCCGACUUCAAGACCCGUGACGGUCAGCCCUUGAGGUUUCCCAGAAGCGUCUUCUCCCGGCAUGGUUGGCUGGCAAUAAAUUUCACCACAUGCAAUAAUCAAUGCUACACUCAUCAUUUCUUUCUCUAUAACCCAUUUUCAAGAUCUCGGAUUCGGCUCCCGACUUUCACUUUUGAUCACCAUUUUCAGAAUAAUCACGAUUUUCCGAAUAUCUGGCAACCGAAAAUCAAGUUCGUUUUGUCAUCUAAACCGACAAAUCGUCCUCAAAUUUCAGUUGCUUUAGCUACUGGUAAAAAAAUCAUAUUUUGGAAAUCAGGAGAUGAAGAGUGGACCCCCGUUGAUAAUCCUUUCGAGGAGAAUAUGCCAGUUUUUGAUAUGAUAAGCUACAAAGGUGGAUUAUGUGCAAUUGACUACGCAGGGAACGUUGCACAAUUUGAGUUCAAUCCUCUUCCUCGUGCCACAAUAAUUCCAAGUACUGUUGCUAUUGAGAUGCAAUUUUUUGCCAUCUGUGUUGUGGAAUCGCUGUCUGGGGAUCUGUUGAUGGUUUGUAGAUCUCAGCAGGGGUUCUUCAGUGUUUUCAAAUUGGAUUGGGAGACGAUGGUGUGGGGUGAGAUCACAAGCUUGGGUUAUGAUGAUGAAGCAAUUUUCAUGGCUGGUAGGGAAUCUGUGUGCGUAAGAGCUGGUGAAUCUACCGUAUACAAAAAUAAUUGCAUCUACUUCAGAUCAGCUGGAGAAUUUCCAUCGACUUUGCCCAUACGGUCGAGAGAGGACUUCGGGGUAUACAACAUGGCAAAUAAAAUCAUCCAUCGAUUCUCUCACCCUUUGCUGUCUCGCACUAGUACUCUAGGCUGCUACCAGUGGUUGACAACGCAUUUAUGA